AUGAACUGCCUUCGCCUCCUCCCCCUCCACAGAUCCAAAGCCUAUUCCUCCUCCGCCGCCGCACCCCCCACCAUCGUCGUCUCCCGCCGUGGCGGAGUUGGCCGGUCCGCCGCCGUGCAUUCUCCCACCCCGCCAUACGUUUCCCCCACCGCCGCCGCCACCACCUUCUCCAGCCUCCUCCGCCAAUGCGCCGCCGGCCCUCGUGCCCUCCGCCAUGGCGCCCAGAUCCACGCUCACCUCUCCAAGACCGGGCUCCUCUUCCCUUCUUCUCCACACCUGGGGGGGCACCUCAUCGCCCUUUACGCCAGGUGCGGCCUCACUGCCUUGGCCCGCCAAGUGUUCAACGAAUUGCCGCAACCAGACGUCGUCUCGUGGUCGACCCUCAUCUCUGCCUAUGCUAACGACGGCCUCAACGCGGAGGCUUUGGCCGCCUUCGGAAGAAUGAACUCCUCGGGCUCCCGCUGCAAUGAGUUCACCUUCCCCAGCCUCCUGAAGGCUUCCUCGGCAUUGGCCGACUUCAACGCCGGCCGGCAGAUCCACGGCGUCGUCGUCGCCACCGGCUACGAAUCCGACAUCUUCGUAGCCAACAGCCUCGUCAUGUUCUACGCCAGGCUCGGCCUCAUGCCGGAGUCCUGGAAGCUCUUCGACGGCGUCGCCGGGCGGAGCGUCGUCUCCUGGAACACUCUCCUGUCGAGCUACGCGCAGAGGCGAUACUUCGAGGAGGCAUUCGGUCUCUUCCGCGAAAUGGUUAUCGGCGGGAAGAGGCCCAACGAGUUCACCCUUUCCUGCCUGGUCGGCGCCUGCGCCGACGCCGGCGACCUGCUCCGAGGGAAGGUCGUCCAUGGCUGCUCCACUCGGCUCGGGCACUCCGUGGACCCCUUCACGGCCAACGCACUCGUCGACAUGUACGCCAAGCUCGGAGACCUCGUCUCUGCGGAAGCCGCCUUCCGGGAGAUCCCCUGCCCGGAUACGGUCUCUUGGAACUCCCUCAUGUCAGGUCUGGUGCUCCACAGCUUCUACAGCCGGGCGCUGGGCCUGUUCGGCGAGAUGAAGAGCUCCGGCGCCGCCGUCCCCAACGUCUUCACCCUGUCCAGCGCACUGACGGCCUCCGCCGGAGCCGAAAGGCUUGAGCUCGGCGAGCAGAUCUAUGGUUCUCUGGUGAAGCGGGGCUUCGAUUCGGACUUCUUCGUGGGCGUCGGGCUGAUCGACAUGUACGCCAAGUGUGGUCGCAUGGAGUCGGCGAGAGCCUUCUUCGACUCCAUGCCUGAGCAGGAUUUGAUCUCCUGGAACGCCAUGAUUUCCGGGUACUCCCACGGUGGGGAUCAUGAGGAAGUUCUGUUGCUGUUCUCGAGGAUGAGGGAGGACGGCUUCAGCUUCAACAGGACGACGCUGUCGUCCGUCCUCAAGUCCGCCGCCGGGCUUCAGGCCGGGUAUCUGACCAGGCAGGUCCACGCCCUGGCGGUGGGAGUGGGGUUGCUCUCCGACGUGCACGUAGUCAACGGACUCAUCGACGCCUACGGCAAGUGUGGGGAUCUCCAAGAGGCGAGGAGCAUCUUCGGGGAGUGCCCAUUUGCCGACGUUGUGGCCUUCACGUCCAUGAUCUCCUCCUACACGCAGAGCGGGCAGGCGGAGGAGGCCCUGAAGCUCUUCAUGGAAACGAUGAAGAGGGAGCUCCUCAAACCGGACGCCUUCGUCUACAGCAGCCUGCUUAACGCCUGCGCCGGCUUGUCCGCCUACGAACAGGGGAAGCAGGUCCACGCCCAGGCGGCGAAAUUAGGGUUUCUAAGGGACAAGUUCGCCGGCAACGCGCUCGUCUUUAUGUACGCCAAGUGCGGCAGCAUCGACGAUGCCGGCGCCGCCUUCUCAGAGAUCGAGGAGCGGGAGACCGUCUCCUGGUCGGCGAUCAUCGGCGGCUACGCCCAGCACGGGCGGGGGAAGGAGGCGCUGGAGCUCUUCCACCGGAUGCUCGACGACGGCGUGGAGCCGAACCACGUCACUCUGACCAGCGUCCUCUGCGCCUGCAACCACGCCGGGCUGGUGGACGAGGCCACCCGCUACUUCGACGCCAUGGCGGAGGACUUCGCCAUCAACCGCACGCAGGAGCACUACGCCUGCAUGGUCGACAUCCUCGGGCGAGCAGGAAGACUCGGCGAGGCAGCGGAGCUGGUCAUCGCCAUGCCCUUCGAGGCCAACGCCGCCGUGUGGGGGGCGCUGCUGGCGGCGGCGAGGGUCCACGGUGACGUAGACCUCGGCCGGCGAGCCGCCGAGAGGCUCUUCGUCCUCGAGCCGGACAAGUCCGGCACGCUGGUGCUGCUCGCUAACAUGUACGCCGCCACCGGCAUGUGGAACGACGUCGCCCGAGUCCGGAGGUUGAUGAAGGACCGGAGGGUGAAAAAGGAGCCGGCGAUGAGCUGGAUCGAGCUGAAGGGCAAGGUCCACGCCUUUGUCGCCGGCGACCGGAGCCACCCGAUGGCGGCAGAGAUAUUCGCGAAGCUCGACGAGCUGGGCGACGCGAUGGAGAAGGCCGGGUACGUCCCCAUGCUGGAGGCUGAUCUUCACGACGUGGACCGCGGUGAGAAGGAGCAGCUGCUCGCCCACCACAGCGAGCGGCUCGCCGUCGCCCUCGGGCUGAUCAGCACCCCACAGGGCGCCACCAUCCUCGUGAAGAAGAACCUCCGCGUGUGCGGAGACUGCCACGCCGCGAUUAAACUCAUCAGCCGGAUCGUCUCCAGGGAGAUUGUCAUCAGAGACAUCAACAGGUUCCACCAUUUCCGGGACGGCUCCUGUUCCUGCGGCGACUAUUGGUGA